AUCUCUUCAAAAAGCGGGAUGAACCAUAUAAUAGCUGCGGGUCUUCUAAUCAUUGUCUCAAUUGCAUCAAUUAUUCCUGGAUUUCCUGUGCUCAUCUGGCUUCAGAGUUAUUUCCCAGAGCUCCCAGAAUAUUACACAAUUGAUAGUAUUGCUGUCUAUAGUGUUCAGGCCGGAAUUAUCUUCAUCCUCGGAAUCCUGUCAAUGUGUCUCUACUCGGACAUCGCUUGCCCACUUGCCAUCAAGGGAUAUGCUGCCAUUUUUUCCAGAAUGUGAUUAAUUAAUUAUAUAUUGCCAAAUUUGAAUUUUUCUGUGAAAAUGUACAAAUCGAAAUAACAAUUUUUUAUGCUA